UCUUCGUCUAGAUUUGCCGCCAUAAUCUUUGCAUGACUAGAUCUUCAGAUCAAUUUGAAUGCCAUAACGCGUCGUUGAAGAUGCCCAACAUAAAGAUUUUUGGCGGAAAUUCGCAUCAGCAACUGGCAAAAUUGAUUUCUGAGCGGCUGGGAAACGACCUUGGUAAAUGUGUGUUAAAAAAGUUUUCAAACAAGGAAACGAGGUAAGCCGCGAGCUCAGGUGACUUAACGUGUUCGAGCUUUCUGUUGAAACGCUCUUUACAUUGUUUUCAUUCCAACAAGGAAAUAACGCCGCGGCCUACAGCUUACUAUGCGCCAAGGUGAUACUUUCAAACCCUCAGCUUAUUUGGUGCGAUUCACUAUAAGGUUAAGCUUAAUAAGUCUUUUAAACGGUCACGUUGUAGAAUAUAGACGCGACGUAAAUCAUUAAUCAAAGAUUUUAAGUUUUGUGGAAGGAGAUAUCACAUGUCUCGUGUAAACCAUGUUCAGUGUGUAUAUCAAAAUUAUUUUGGUUUUGACGUAUUUUUGUGUUAUGUAGCGAGCUAAGAGAUGCACGUGGGUACGUUUCAUUGUUACUGUGAUCGCCCUUUUUUUCUGAGGGACCAUGCCCCCAGACCCCCCUAGAGGCACAGGAUUAACGGCCACUUGUUUAUACAGUCAGGUAUUCUAUUCAAACCUGCUGCUUACUUCAGUUAUUAUUGAAACCCUUGCUUAGACAUGGAGCUUUACUCCACUUUGUCUCUCUUCACCCAGGUGUAUAAAUGAGUACCCGCGACAUACUGCUGGGGGGUAACCCUGUGAUAGACUAGCAUCCUGUCUAGCGGGGAGUAGCAAUACUCCUGGGCAUGCUUCAUGCUAUGGAAACCAGUAUGAGCUCUGGCCGUGUGGGCCUUUGGCUCGAGUGCGCCUUUACCUUUUACCUCUAAAGGGCUUGACAAAACUGCGAGCCGGGAGUAUCUGCGUCGUUCAUAUAUGGGGGAUGGGGGGGAUUGGAAUGAAAAAGGCAAUGGAACAUCCCAUUGCAAAAUAACCAGUCAAGCAACACCACAGAGGACUAUAGAGCUUUUUUACUCAUGUGGCUAGCAGAUAUUCAAAUUUAUUAGCACAAAAGAAAGUGUUUACAUGAAAGAAAGUUCAGGUCUCAAAGGUUUGGUUUGGGACACUAACAUGGCAGGCAUCAAACUACGCUACACUGCGGGAGAUGAGUCUGGCAAUCAAUGGCUGAAUGGUGCCACCAUAUCUUUUAUUUAUUUAAUCCUUUUAUUACCCUUUCAGUUAAUGUAGGUUGUGUGCGUCAAUAUUUAAAUAUGUGCACGCUCUCUUUUAUCAUAAUUGACGCGUGUAUUUAGUUUGUUAUUUAGUGCAUUACAUUUUCUGUGGGUUGUUUUCCCACUCAAUAUACCCUGUCAGUAAGUGUGCUCACAUUGUGGGUGGCUCCUCCUAAAAUGUUGUCCAAUUGGUAUAGGAUUUAAUGGAGCCGAAACCAAUUAUUGUGGAAUUGCACACAUUUUAGGCAUCCUACGGAUGAAGAGUUACGACUUUUAGAUAUUUCAAGCAUUGAACAGCAAUUUGCUGUCUGUCCUCGUUGAAUAUUGAAAUGAUGUCAUGUGAAAACAGGUUACCAUUUGAGGUUGUGCUUGAGUGGAAGGUCAUUGAUGCUUCAAUUUACACUAUGAGACUGUUUUGGGGAUGAAUUUUGGCCCAGCUUCCUGUGCAACUUCUUAGUAAAAAUAAUGUUUUAUAGUAAUACAUGUAGUGGUAUUAAAAUUUAAUGUUAGUUACAUGUAAUACAUGUUAACAAUAUUAUUAUUUUUAACGUGCAAGUUGGAUGAUUGAAGCUUACAGUGUAGGAGUUAGGAGUUGCUUGUCAACGCGUUAAAGCAUGUACUUCAAUCCCAGUUGAGUACUCUGGAUUUCAAGUGACAGGGAUGAUUGAAGAAUCUUUUAUGUUUGAAAUUUUCAAUUCCAGGAGUUUUUUAGGAAGGAAAAUUUGGCAAGAAUUUUUUUUUGGAUGGCUUGAUUAAAGCAUGGAUUCUUUGGCUAUUCAAAACAAUCUGAAGAUUCCUGGUAGGGCCGUAUAUUCUAGCUGCGUAGUUCUGUGAAUAUAGUACAAACAUGUACAACCAAACUUAUUAUGCGAGAGUAGGCUGUUAGGCUUAGGUGUCUUGAGUGUUGUUAGAAUGACAACUACCAGAUGUGGAAAAGAUAACUUCAGAUGGUAUGAGGAGUAAACAAACAUAAGCAUUCAAUUUCUAAUGUUUUCAUUUUUCAUGUUAUAUCAUUAUUUUCAUGCUUUCUGGAGAUUAUUAAUUUCAGCAUGGUUUUUUUUUUGGGGGGGGGGUUAAUCUUUGGUCCAGGGAUAUUUUUAGGUUUUGUUGGAAGCCCGAGGAAUUUUUUUCCGUUUUGAGUUUUGGCCCUAUUGCAUCAUCCCCGUCACUUGAAAUCCAGAGUACGUUCCCACCCCCCCCCCCCCCCCCUGGGACUUUGGUAUUUUUUAGUGUGUUCACAACAGAAUGCCAAUAUUUUUGCCUCAGGUCUUUGGGUGUAGUAAGACAAAGAGGAAGAAAAGAAGGAAGGAAAAGAACAAAUGACAACGUCUUUCUCCCAAUUGAAAUCACCAUAGCUUUUAUUUGGCUAUCUGAUUUAUAGAGGAUAUUUCAUGGCUGCACAGAGAUAAGAAAUUUCUCUGAGUGUUGAAAAAUAUCUUGACAAAUCUGCUUGUCUCCAUUUUUAUGAUAAACUUAAGCAUAAAACUUAACUUCAACUCACUAAAAGACCAACACAAAAACUCCGAAAAGACCAAAUGAUGGCAAACCACCAUGCAAGUGCUUGGCAGCAUGCGAAAAUACUGUGAGCUGAUUGGUCAAAAAUGAUGUCACACGUGUGGAUAGAAAAGAUAUCACCACUGGCAGGGUAGCGCAUUUAUCAGUUUGCUACCACUCGGUAUACUAUUAACUUUUAUUGAAUAUAGACUGGUAUCUUUAGGGGGUGAAAGGAAACUUCAGCCACACUAAGGUUGCUCUAUUAUGCUAAAUGCCACUGUUUAUUUAUUUUUUUUUUAUUUCCAGUGUUGAAAUUGGUGAAUCAGUGCGUGGAGAAGAUGUAUUCAUUGUCCAAAGUGGCUGUGGUGACAUCAAUGACAACUUAAUGGAACUGUUAAUCAUGAUCAAUGCUUGUAAGAUUGCAUCAGCACAGCGUGUCACAGCGGUCAUUCCGUGCUUUCCAUAUGCAAGACAGGACAAGAAAGAUAAGGUAAAAUAAUGUAAUAACCUUAGUUAAAUUAUCCUUUAGUUACAAGUGUUAAUUAUUUAUUGAUUUGUUAUCCCUUCUUAUGGUCCUUUUUUAUGGAAAACCUAUUUUUUAUCAUGGUUAAGGCAAGACAGUAUAAAAUGACUAAACAAGAGGAUGCUGUUCUGAAGGCACCAAAAAUAUUAGGGACCUUAAGAUACCCUGGACACGGCGGUAAAGAGAACGGAGAAAGCCUGGAGCGAGGACGCCGCCACCUUCGCGGGAAAAACAAAUUAAGAUUGAGCAGGUUGGGUUGAGUGCUCGCCUGACGAGAGAGGAUAAAAAUUAAUUAUGCUUUCGUGUUUUAAUUCCAUAAGUCGUGAAGUCUUGCUUGAUUGAUACCUUAACGAUCUUUUAUUGGAAGAAAAAUUAGUGCUGCCGGCUAUUACUCCAGUUUCUCUAAAAAAAAAACCGAAUUUCUUCGAGGGAAACUUGAGGGUAUGAUCGGAGUUCAGUUUAUCAGCUAUUUGUUGCCAGACUUUUUUGCUUUCCGUUGUUCUAGAUCUUCCUUUAAAAGGAUAUGAUACCGCUCCAUCGCUGAACUGAAAGUGAACAAAAUAAAAUUAUAAAAGGUAAUAAAUGAACCAUGGCGUCUUGUUCAAGAUCUCAAUUUUCUCCGACAUGUUCAAGUUUAUUACAAGCCUAGAUUUUUUGUUUUUCAACAAUUUUUAUUCGACUUCUUGUCUCUUAAAGUUUUCAAAUACUAUCCUAAAGCGAGAACGUUGUCCCCUUAAAAACAAGCAGUUAUAGUGUUACAUUUGUGUUGAAAGACUCAGCACUUUCAUUCUCAGUUGCCGCCAAAACACUGAACCCAAAAGGCUUGCUAGCAAAAAAAUAAGAGGCAAUCUUGAGAGAACACCUCACUAAAAACACUUAAAUGUGUCUCAUUAAGUAAAACGGAUCGAAAAUCCUGUACGAAAAGUAAUUUCUGCACUGAAAACAAGAAAACCAACUCACCGUUUACGGUUUUGCGAGGCGGCCAAACUUCUAGUUUUCACCGUCGCGACUUCAGGUCGACGCUGUGGCAUUAUGCUAAUUAGUUCCAAGAAUUGAACAUUUCACUUCCGGUUGACGCCCUCCUCGGCCACGUCCAGAGUAUCUUAAGGUCCCUAUUACUGGAAGAAACUUCUGCUCAUGUCUAAAGUUUAAAGAUAAAUUUACCUUAAACAUUUAGGAGAAAUACAUGUAUUCAAAAAACUUAUUUUCUAUAUUCAGUGUAGGAGUGUGGAAAGACAAGUUUAAGAUUUCAUUCAAUAAACUUUUACAUUUUGAAAUAAUCAAGUAUUUAUUGUAAUUCCACAAUGUUGUAUUUUAAUAACUUAGUUGCAUCUUUUUGUAUCAUGUAUAGUUUUGUUUUGUUUUGUUUUUUUUUUUCCAUCCUAGCAGAUGUGAACGAUUUGAGCAGAGGAUAUUUAAAAUUUGUAAUAAUAUUAUGUAAAGGAAUGUGUAAAUAAUUAAAUCCUUUCUUUUUGAAAGUAUGCCUCAGUUUAAAACUAAAAACAACUGGUCUACAGCAUUGCAUUGCAGCUGCUGGGAAGCUGGUCUCUUAUUUUUCUCAAUGUUUUCAAUACAAGAAGCCUUUGGUGUCAGCAUAAGGAAAAGAAACUAAGAGACUGCAUUAAAUUCUGUAACUCGUCGACAUGACAAUGUUAUUAUUUUAUGGUCAUGCCCUUUUGUGUUGUCAUUGUAAUACAUGCAUACACAUGCUGUUCACUGCCAAACACUACUAUCCACUGACUUUUCCAAAUAAUUCACUUAUGCAAUCACGUAUUGGUUAUUGCAGAGUCGUGCCCCAAUUUCUGCUAAACUGGUUGCCAAUAUGCUGUCCGUAGCAGGUGCAGAUCACAUCAUCACCAUGGAUCUUCAUGCGUCUCAAAUACAGGUUAGUACUAUGUUUUACAGGAACAUUCUUGUUGCAGCAGAAUUAUUGUGACUUUAAACUUACCAAACCGAUUUUAAAAGCAAAUGAAUUUACCUUAUACUUCCUGCAAACUUUUGAUCAAGUCUUUUUGGCCAUUUCAGGGCUUUUUCGACAUACCAGUAGAUAAUUUGUAUGCAGAACCAGCUGUGUUAAAAUGGAUCAAAGAGCAUAUUCUUGAUUGGCAGCAGUCUGUAAUAGUGUCGCCAGAUGCUGGUGGAGCUAAAAGGUAAGCCCUUGUAUCUCUAAUAAGCCCCCCUUUUAGGGGAAUGAAAGUUAUAAGACCCCCUCUCUUUUUAGGCCCGCUACCAUCCCCCCUUAUUCUUAUAUGAUAGACUGUAUUUAUUCAUACAUGUCUACGGAUGAUAACACUUCAUGUGGACUGAUCUGGUAUGGUAUAUUCACGCGCUAGAAGUUCGAAUUUGUUUUUAAUCUUCAGCUGCAAUUUGAUCACCAAAUGGGGCCCACAGAGUUUCGUACUAAGUUUAGAAAACUAGAAUAUCUAUCCUCUUGUGGAUGUGAAAGCAUAACUAAGUCUUUUGUUCUACAAAGUUAUUUUAAUACCUUAAGUGUUGAUCUGAAGCCUGAUACUCAACCUAACCAUUUAUCAGGGGCACCCAACGACAAUUUUCGGAAAAAUAUCUGUUCGGAAGACGAUUUGAGAUCUAGAAUUUUCGGAACAUUUGUUGUAAAAUUUCUUGCUUGCCUACCUCUCCUAGGAUUUUCGAACAUCUAAAAAAUGGUAUAAUUGCCUAUUUUUAACGGAUUUUUACCCUAAAAGGUCACCUAGAAUUUUCGGGAGCCUUUUUUCUGGCUGAAAUUUUCGAAAAGUUAAGUUUUGAUCCCUAUAAUUUUCGGAUUACUAGACUUUCAGCUAAGAAAUCCGAACAGAUGAAAAAUUUUUAGGGGAUAAAAAUAUGCCUAUAUCUACCGUUUAAAUACUAAAAUACGUUUAACAAUUCUAUGUUUAAGUGGUUUUGAACUACAUUCUCGUUGGGUACCCCUGAUUUAUCAACAUGUAGCCUUCACCACAUACAGAACGUAACUUCUGGUUAAGUCUUUCUACAACUAAACAGCACUGAAAUAGUUUUCUGCCUCGAGAGAGAAAAAAUUUAUCUUUAAAAUGCAUGAAUUUACCUUAUCAAUGUCUUGGCUUUUUUGAUUGGCAGUUUGGUAUUUCGUCACUACAGCAUUUGUUCUGAUACAGCAUUAUGAUGAAGCUCAUCUCACAAAGGAAUUAAUUUUAUCUUUUUUUUUUCCUUCAGAGUAACAUCAAUUGCUGAUCACUUGAAUGUUGGCUUUGCUUUAAUCCAUAAAGAGGUACAAUUGCACAUUAAAAGCAUCUAUUCUGUUACUUUUUAAUUCUCAGUAAAUACAUGUAAUUCCAGAAAAGUAAUCUGCAUUUUCCUGAGCAAAGGGGAUAACAGGUGGAGAUAAUCCAGACCAGGGUUCGAGCUAACCAUUUUUGACCAUAAAUAAGUAGCUUAAAAUCAUCAGCUUUGAAGAACUGCUUUACAUUUUUGACAGCGUAUGUUUAACGUUAAAGGCUUUCCUUUGUACAUGUAGUUUCUGAUGUUUGAGGCUAAAAUAGGCAAGACUUCUCCUUUAUUUUGCUUAUAAUAGUAAAACAGUCGAUCUCUUGCAAGGAUAGUCAUGGGCAGUUUAUGUUCUUGAAAAAAAUGUUGCAUGUAUUUAUUAUACAGACAUGGCAUUACAAAAUUCUUAUGUUGUGGUUUUGAUAACCAGAGAAAAGUUGCCAAUGAGGUUGCGAGCAUGGUGCUUGUGGGAGAUGUUAAAGAUCGUACAGCAAUUCUUGUGGAUGACAUGGCCGACACAUGUGGAACUCUUACACUUGCUGCACAGAAGUAAGUGCUUUAAUAGAGAUAUAUAUGUGUAAUCAAGUGGUGACGAGUGAAAUUUGGGAAUAAUUUCACUUGCGUUUUGUCCAAACCCUAACUAUUUCCCUUGCAUUUUGUUUUGCCAUUCAACCAUUUUUUCCUUCAUUUAUUCAGAUUGCAAGAUGCUGGAGCAUCUAAAGUGUACGCUAUUUUAACACAUGGCAUCUUUUCUGGACCUGCUCUGCGAAGAAUCGAAGAAAGCGACCUUGAAGCUGUUGUGGUCACAAAUACCAUCCCACAGGACAGCAAGAUGCAAAACUGUGCUAAAAUCAAGGUAUGCAAACACACUUUUUUUUUAUUUCUGUAAAUUUUUUUAUUUUUUAUUUUUUAAUUUCACAACCAUUGACAGCUUCUUUAAAUGGACACGUCUGUUGCCCUUGUACAACUACCUCCUCCCCACCAAAACAAUUGGACCAAUUUGAUACUCUCUCCCUAAUUUUGUUUAGGGGAGGAGCAUGUACACAGCCUAUAAAAGGGUAGAAAAAGUGCAGGACAAUCUUACUUUUUUUUAGUUCACAAGUGUCACUUUAUGCUGUCAUACAUGAUGUACAGCCAUACCUUACAUAAAGAACAAAGAUAACCACUUUGUAAAACUCCAAAUGGCAGCUGUAUGAUGCUUGCAGAACUAAAAUAAUAUUUUUAGCUGUGUAAUAUUUCUGCGAUAUUAUUACCGUACCUUCUUUGAUAAUACCAUUUAUAACAUAACAAAAGCAAACCGCGCGCUCUGAUUGGUCAGUUAGCCACUACCAUUUGCCUGUGGGUGCACGCCAAGAAACUAAGCUAGUGCGGUAAAAUUUAGGCAAAUUCAACAAAUCUCCUCUCCUGAUGGUAAAAUACACAGUUGAAAUGCACAGAUGAAAAGUAGAAGCUGAAGAGAAUACUAAGCUGUGGUUUUGAAGGAACAAAGAAAAAAGAUCAAGCGACAGAUUUGCCCCGGAUGAAUUAAUCACUGCUUUCCUCGCGGCUAGAAUCGGCUGAAGGAAAAUCGAGCGAGCGAAGAUUUAAGGUACAUUUUGUAUGUUUUUUGUAGAAGAGAAAGUCUGUUUGAAAUGUAAAUUUAUCAAUUAGCAUUGUGUUAUUGACUUUUUGGUCAAGCUGACGCUAAAUUCAAGCAAAUAUUUUAGGAAACACGCCCAAAUUCGAGACAGCUUUGUUGUGAAGUUUUCAUCACAUCAAUUAAAAAUUUUAGUUGGGUUUAAACGGGCACAUUACGCUGGAAUAAGCGAAUUUCAUUUGAGUACAGAAACAUUUGGAUUUUCAAAUAAAUUUCUCAAAAAAUGACUUCUGUGUGCAUUAUUUUGUUCCUCGGUGUUCAUUCAUAACAGUCGUUCAGAGAACGGUCGAAAAACAACAGCUUCAGCGCCGGCUGUGUGUCGGCGAAUUUCAGUUUUAACUUUGACUUUCAUAGCUGGAUUUCCCCAGACAGAUUUCGAUACAAAGCUAGUUAAUUUCUUUUUAAAAUUAGUGUUACCUGUUAUUCUAAAGGAAUUACCUUUAAAUUUUCUCAUUUCUAUUUUGCGUUUAUUUCAAAAAUUGUCACAUAAAUAAGAUUGAUAAUUAUUUCAUUUGUUUAGUUUUAGCUUGUUUUUAAAGUCUUUUUAGUUGGUGUUUAUAGUUGCAGCUAUAGUUUUCCCUCAAAGUUUUUACCCUAAUAUUAAGAGCAAGUAGACAAAUGCCAUUCAGAAUAACAACGAAAAACGUUUUGCAAUUUACCUUAAGACGGAGAACGGUUGAUUCAGCAAAAGAAAAACUCAAAGGCAAGUUUUUGAAAAACAUAGAACAUGAUUUGUUUACGCGCGGGCAGGUGGCAGCAUACUUGGACUCGUACCGAUGACUCAACCGAAGGCAAAUGGAAAAUAAUGUUUUUCUCUUUUGAUUAUGUUAUAAAAGAAAUGGUAAACGUUGCAGCUGUGCAACCAUGGAGUUAUGGAUGCACUUGGGAGGUUUGUUAAGCACUCAAAAAGUUAGAGUCGCACUCGGCUAUCGCCUUGUGCGACUCUUACGUUUCUUUCGUGCUUAGCAACCUCCCGCGUGCAUCCAUAACUCCAUGGUUGCACGCUGCAUGUUUACCAUUUCUUAAAUUUCCUGACCUUAAAAAAAGUGUGUUAGUACAUGUGUAUGAAACAGAACUCUCUGAUAUUGAUUUUUUUAAAGAAACAACAGAGAUCCUUGAUGUAGUGUUUAAAAAACUCACAGGAGUGUAUUAUCAAGUUUAAAACUCGAGACAAAGCCAAGAGUUUUUAAACCUGAUAAUACACGAAUGUGACUUUUUUGAACGGCUUCAAAAUCUCUGAUAUAGAUCGACUCAUUCUUGCACUUAUACUACUGUAAGAGAAAUCUCUGAAAUUUGAUUGGCUUGGAACAGUGGUAUUUCAGCUUAAUUUGAAAUACCUACAUGUGAAAAUUAGAAACUGUUUGCGGGUAGUAGUAUAAACAAAUUAAUAAUAGCAUAAUUUGUUCGUGAUAUUUGGCAUAAUUACCACUUGUGAUAUUUCAAAAGUGUCUCAAAUUUCACUCACCUAACGGCUCAUGAAAUUACGUACAACAAUUUCGAAAUAUAACUCGUAGUAUAUAUGCCAAAUAUCACUACAAAUCAUGCUAUUACCUAUACUAAUAUUUAGAUUUGGGGUUAUUCCGGUCUAAAAAAUUGGACGUAAAAUUUAGUCUUGUCUUUAUCAGACAUAAAGACUCAUCACACAUUAAGACGGAAUCCAGCAGGAAAUUGAGUAUUUUUAAUUUCCAUUGGACAAAAACUUUUUACCAGAAUAAUUUAAACAAAAUUACAUUCUUUUUUACACUUUUCAAGGGCUAUAUAUGUAAUAAGUUAUACCAAAGAAAAUUUCUUUUGGGAGCUGGAGAAAACGAAUGUCAAAUUUCAGAAAAUGACAUCUUACAAAUGAAAUUUUCAGAAUUUUACCUGUGUUUUCACAAUCCUUGUGAAAUUUGACAUUUAUUUUCCCGGGCUCCCAUGAGAAAUAGUCUUUGGUGUUUUUACAGAUAAUAAAUUUUAGUAAAAUCCAACUAGUGGUCUAUUAUCAAUGCUGCAUUUUGAUUGGUUGAGCUACUACUAGGCUAUAUGUUAUAGCCUAGUAUUAGUGAAUAGUUCCUGCUUUGACAACCAAAACAAUGGCACCUGAAGCACGUUUUUCCAGCUAAAGUUGUUUUGUUUCGAUGUUUUUGACCAAGUAGUUGGAUUUUACUAAAACAAUAGCCCAUUCAGCCUUCAGCCUCAUGGGCUAUUGACUUAGAGCCCAUGAGGGCAAGAGGAAUAAUUGUUAAAUAUCUAUAGCUCUUGAAAAAUGUAAAAAAAAUGCGGUAUUGUUUAAAUUAUUCUGGUACAAGGUUUUUGUCCACUGAAAGUUCAAAUCACUCAAUUUCCUGAUGGAUUCCGUUUUAACUUCUUUUGUUUAAGAAUUAAUUGUUGAGUUUUUGAAGUUUUUCGUCUUCUUAUUUCAUUUCAGUGUAUAGAUAUUUCCAUGAUUCUUGCUGAAGCAAUUCGUAGGACUCACAAUGGUGAAUCUGUGUCAUACCUCUUUACCAACGUACCACUUUAGAAGAGCAAAAUGUUCUAGUUUUGAUGAGGAAAGAAUCAAUGCUCCCUUGACAGUGUAAAGAUGAUGUAAAUAUACAGUUUUGUUAUGCCGCUGAGGAACGUGAUGGGCAUGUCACUAUGAACACCUGCGCAGAAUAUUGGACGAAAAUAAUUUUCUUAUUGUAACGUAGAAGAAUACUUGAGAUUAUAUGGCUCCUUUAUAAAUACAUCAUGUUUAUGGCUUUAGAAAUUACACAUGUGUAUGCUGGUGCAUGUACAAGGUAUUGGAAGACAGAAGAAACCUUUAUUUAGUUUGCAAAAGGUUUAAGACCACUACCCCUGGCUCAUUUCAAAUGUAAGUAUCACCAGAAAAAAAAGAAUGCAUAAUGUUUGCUUAUUAUCUUUUCACUCCAGUAGUAUUCGUAAUGAAAUUGUUAUUCAUGUACUCUAAAGUGUAUUUACUGACAUUAUCACGGGCAUGUGAAUAAUCAGUCUUUUGAACUAGUACUGACAGCUUGCCUAGUCCCUUUACAGUGUUUAGCCUGCGAAUACAACCCUCUCUCCUCACUCUUAGCCGCCAGGGACGUUUCACUGGAAAAAUCCCUAGUAACGAAGAGCGGACUGUAUUCCAGGCUAUGUACAACGUUUUACGUGGUCGUGCGUUUCAGUGACGCAACCAAGACACACUAUUCGCGUCGCUCACGUUACCUGAAGAAGUGAACGCGCGGGUUUAAAUAUCUUCAUGUAACAAAGACCUAUAUGCCCGCGCGGGUUGCGAGAAAGAGAAAUAAAUUAUUUAGAUCUUAAUCUACAAAUUUACUUACCAUAAACCCUCUGUUAAGCCCCCCUUCCCUCCCCUCCCCUAAUAAAUUCUUCACUAAUAAAUGAUGGACGGAAUUAAUCAAUCUCGACUGUAAAACUUCGUGUGGACUGAACCGGGAUGGUUUAUUAACCAACUGGAAGUUCGGACUUGUUUUUUGAUCCUUGGCUGCAUGACCUUCCACUUCUUGUACUUGAGUUUUUCCACUUUGUAUGCUAGCUUUAACAGAAACUGAUACCCUCAAAUGUGUUUUGAAAUAAAUAAGCCCCUGGGUGGCUUAAUAGAGGUUUUACGGUGAUAAAACUCUAAAAAAUAGAUUUUAAGGAGUUAUGAUUUAUAGUUUCUUCAGUCUUUUUUAAUGAGUAAAAAUGACUUCUUUGUGACAUUAAAAUGUCCUCUAUAACAUUGAAGGACUGACUUUACAAUGCUCACGUUUCCCU